AUGGCAGGACGCAAGUUUCACGAAUAUGUAGUUGUGCAUAUUCUUGUCUCGAAUUGUUUGCGCUAUGUUAUCCCGGAAGAUGUAGCAGGUGAAGAGCUCGACCCUGGCUUGAACAAGCGCCUGUUAUACUCUUAUCUCCGCCGAACCAAGAGCUUCAUCAGAGAGCACUUGGCGAUCUGCUCGCUGUCCCUAGGAUGGGACCCGUCGCACGUACUCGAGCGCAAAGUAGCGGCCAUCCAGGCAGCUGAGUUUCAAGGGAUUGAAAUGUCCAUGGCUGAUAUUGAGUUAUCAUACGCCAAGGCUCAUAACCUGUCCCGAAUUGAAGCUGCCCGAGCAAUUCGUAAGCUCUGUGCAGAGCAUGGCAUCGAGAUCAUCAAUCUGGCAUCGUUCGGCAAGUUCGAAGGCCAACCGACACCUCUCGAGGAGCGACUCAAAGUUGCAAAGGAGUGGCUAGAAGUCGCAAAGGAACUCGGAACCACUCUCAUCCAGGUUCCAAGCAACGACAGUAAAGAUGCCAUUGGCGACGAAGACCUUAUUGUCAGCGACUUACGGGCAUUAGCUGAUCUUGGUGCGCAGGAAGAUCCUCCUGUUUCCUUUGCAUAUGAGGCCCUCUGCUGGGCAACUCACGUGGCUGAUUGGGAAGAAUCCUCACGAAUUGUUCAACUCGUGGAUAGACCGAAUUUCGGUCUUUGUCUUGACACCUACCACGUUCUGUCACGCCUUUGGGCUGAUCCGAGGGAACACUCUGGGCUCAGAGCUGGGGGCAACUCUGCUCUAAGAGACUCUUUACAACGCUUUCGUGAUAGCUGCCCCAAAGACAAAAUUAUGUACAUCCAGCUCAGUGAUGCUGAGAGGCUGUCUCCUCCUCUGCUUCCAGGUCAUCCUGCAUAUCGGGAAGAAUGGGACGGGCCACAUUCGUGGUGUAAUUACGGGAGGCUUUUCCCUCUAGAGUCUGAUAAAGGUGCAUAUCUCCCGAUGGAGGGGAUAGCACGUGCAUGGCUAGGUGACAGUGGAUGGACUGGCUGGGUAAGCAUGGAGAUACUUCAUCGCGAGAUGAAGGAGGCAGAAAAGGGCCCAGAGUAUUGGGCCCAGAGGGGCCGCCAGUCUUGGGACAAUUUGAAGGGUGUUUUGCAAAAGAAUUAG